AUGUAUCGACGAUGGGUUCCGAAUUUACACGCAUUGCUACAAGCAAUUGAACGUCAUAACCAUGCUACUGGCGACAAAUAUAUAGUCCUUAUCGAGAGCCAUCCCAAUGCCAAAGGACUGAUAGCAACUAAAUUAGCCGUGGGGCAAAUACACAAGAUAAUAUGCAGCACCAAGCUACCAGUGGAAGUCAUUGAGUUAAUCAUCGAAAACUACAUCAGCGACACAGGAGUUGUGGAACCAAACCCCUUAAAUAGUGCCAGCAGAUCAUAUUUACAUCCCGAAACUUCACGACGCUUACUGUCCUUACGUUUGUUGUCUAAAUCCUGGAACGCAGCCGCUGUACCUUUCAUAUAUAACGCUUUAUAUUUGAACACGCCAAGAAAGUCUAGCAUUCUAUUGAGAUCGUGGAACAACCCAUCCCAGUUCAGUACUUUCCACGCUUUACGGCGCAUUUGUUUUAGCGGCCUUUUGUUUCUAUCCAACUAUCCCACCGGUCGUUCGCUGAACAACCCCUCCACUUACGAGAAUGGCAAUGCUCAUUCUGCGGAAACCUUGCUCGCUCCUUCGGAAAUUGCAAUGGAUUCGGCAUUGAAAAUAAUUAACCUAUGUAGUCAAAACCUAUCAGAUUUGAAGCUUAAGUUUGUACACUCAAUUGGUCUCUCCCAAGAUAUGUUAGAGGCCAUUAGCAAUGUUAAAGGUCUCAAGGUACUAGGAAUUGUUGGUAGCAAAUGCUGUCACACGCUUAAUGAUUCAGGCUCUAUAAGAGCUAUGCUUAACUCGGCUUUUGCAUUGGAAUCACUAUCAAUCCAGUGCAGUUCACUCGGAUCCUUAAACUUGAACGUUGGAGCUCUGCCGAAUCUGACUCAUCUUUGCUUGGUGACUAACUCGGACAACAUUUUAGAUUUCAUUGAGUUAUGCACCGCAGAAGGCAGGAAAAUUUGGUUCCUCGAACUCAUAAGCCCUGGAGCUUGCGAUCAAUGUCACCCGAUCAUAAUGGCCUUAAAGGGAUCACUUCAAGCCGUUUUCAUUGAUCCUAUCCCGGCUCGAAUCCCUCGAGCUGUUAUCAACUUAACUUUUGAAAAUCUCCGGGUAGUGCGUUGCAUGACAUGUGAUUUGUCGCUGUCCGGAUACGCCUGGUUACAAAAGCCGAUCUUCAAGAACAUGGAGGUGCUAAUCACUAGCUACUGGCACGCAAAUGCAUAUUGGAAACGGCUCUUAGAAUUAUUUCAACAUCGCCCAAUCACAUUACCACCAAAAUUCAAGCAGAUCUUCCUCAUAAAUUCGAAAGGUCAAGAGUUGCAAGAUCAUGGAAUGGUUGAAGCAUUCAAGACCCAAGGUGUCAAGACUUGGCAAAUGGGAUUGGAGAGCGUGUUGAGGGGGAUGUGGGGAUUGGGUCAUCCUCUAGGAGUGUUAGGGUACGCAAAGGAUUCAGUUUAUCCUGUUGGUCAUUGUUUAACUAAUAGUUACGUGGUUUGUUCAUUAGAUGAACUCGGUGGAUUCCGCUGA